CAUCUACACAUCUACCUCUUCAAGCGAAUAUGUCGCCAUAAUGUCUGUCGCGCAUAUAGCAGACAGCAAAGGCGUCCAGGGACCCGCAAAAUGGUCGGCUGUCAAGAACGCAGUGCAGUUCUCUGCUGCUGCCAAGGAUAAGAACAGAAGAAACCAAACAGACACCUUGCCAGUGUCGACCACGUCUACCUCGGUUUCUGCGGCCUUUGCUAGAUCUUUGGUGCUUUUUACCGGCUUUCUAUUUAAACGGCCGUCAAAACUGUUCAGACCAAACAGAGUGGAUACCUGGUUGGGUCUAAGGCAAUUAGCUCUGUCAACUGAACAAACUAUAUCCCCAGCUUUCAUCAGAUCCCUUCUUAGACAAAAAGCUGGUAUAAUUGCGGUGACCCUGACGAUCCUUCCUCCAAUGCUGGUUAACGCAACGCUAGGCUUCCUGCUAUUCACGUCCCAUUCCCUCUUCACUCUGGGGCUCUCUCGGUUAUCAUUCUUCCAGAGAAAGAUCGAAAUGGAAGAUGGGACGGAAGUCGACGAGGAAGAAGAUAUCAAUCUGGAAACAUUGAUCAGGGGUCCUUCAAUCAUUCCAAAUCAUCCGACGAUUUUGUCUGCGAUUGCUGGGGCGGGCGCAGGACUCGUGCAGGGUGCUGCCUUUACGCCAGUAGAGAAUGUUGUACGUUUCCUUCACCAAUCUGCCACAUCUUGGGCUACACUUCUCGCCCGUCUUGUCCAUUUGCCCGUACCCGAAGUACCCAAUGCAUUCGAAGGGAAACAACCGGCAACGCCUAUGCAAGCCAUCAAAAACUUGUUUGCAAGUGAAACUUGGAGGAAGAAUAGGAAUUGGUGGACUGGAUGGCGAUGGGUGGUGGCUCGUGACGCACUGAGCUAUAGCUGUUUCUUUGCCGCCUUUGAUGUUACGCGCCGCGUGGCUCUACGAGUAAAAGCCCUGUUUGGGGGUAAUAUUGAGCAUGGUUGGGAAAACAUAUUUAUUAUCGAAUUCCCAGACGAUCAUCCGCAAAGUGCAUCCCCAUCAAUCUCCAACUCUCCUGCCAAAUACCGCCCGGAUUCCGAUCAGCCCCAAGCGCCCACUAUUGCCCGUGUCGCGCAAGCAACAACCAUCGUCACUGGGGGCAUUAUUGCGAGCUAUCUCGCACAGAUGGCUGGGAGGCCGCUUAGGACUUGUCAAAGGAUCAUGAUGCUUGACGAAAGGGAGAGGAUGCGUGCCGAAAAAGCACAAGGACGAGCUCAAGCUGGCGGAGCAGGAAGCGUUUCGAGCUCAAAUAGCAGCAAUACUUUGAGACGGGGCAAACCUCAUCCAAUACUUGAAGUUCUCCGAACUAAGGGUAUCCGCCCCUUCAUUCAUUCAGAAGGACUGUUGCAGUCAGCACCGAUGAAAGAGGCUUUUCAGCAAGAGGGCAGGCUGGUGAGGACGAUGAAAAGUGUCGGAUGGAAGAUGGCCGCCAUGGGUCCGUGGGGUUUUGGAUUCCUAGUGUGGGCUUGGGUUGGUGGAGAAGUAUGAGAUCAUCAAUUGCUACAAAUCAACAUUGCAAAACGAUACCCUGCAGAAUUAUACCAU